AGAGGAACAGUGAUAAUCAAACAAGUGAAGAAGCAUCUAGUGAAAAUGACGAAAGAUGCUAUGAUCUACGAUGUUUUGAAAUAAUAACUUUCAACAUAUGUCUAUACCUUGAAGACUUUUGGUAUGGCUCGUACUUCCUCUUCCCAUCCCCAGCGAGGCAGGGCGGGUCGCGGACGUCCAGCGAGACACAGGGAGAGUGACGAGGAUGAAGAGAUUCCAGAGCUGUACAGGGAGAUGCUAGCUGAGGCUGAUGCUCGCGCCAAAAAUCAACCGGACGCGGAUGAUCGUCCUAUCAAACGGAGAAGAGUGGGAGAGCGACGAGUAGCACCCCCCGAAAUCAAGCCUGAUGAGGCAACAGCACCUUUGCAGAGUCCAGAUGCAGGUCCUGCUAAACAGGUCCAAAUCGCAUACGACUCGGCCGCUUCCGAUGAUUCGGAUAUGGAAUGGGAAGAAGUUGACAUUGAGCAACGAUCGACUAAUGCACCGGAGGCUUCUACUCAGGCUGAAGGAGCAAAUGAGCCCCUACAGAUCACACUGGGCCAGCAUGGUGCCACUACGCCCAAGCCUGCCGUCCCACGACGGAAAGCUAUAACAGCAGUGGAGAGAAAGUUACGUCUUGACGUCCACAAAGUCCAUCUCUUGUGUCUACUCAGCCAUGUCCAGAUACGCAACCUGUGGUGUAAUGACGAUGAGGUCCAGGGGUUCCUGAGACCAAUGCUGUCAAAGCAAACGAGAAACUUCCUUAACCCCAAGGAAGGGAUGUCGCAGUUCACUAGGUCGACUACAUUUGUCGAUGGCCUAAAACAAGCCAGUGACGCUUUCUCUAGGAGAUUUCGUGUUACGGAAUCAGGAUUCAAGAGGCCAUACUGGGCAGAAGACCGCAGAGACCUAGAUAAGAGAACGGAAGCGAUUAUGCAAGGCGUUGAGACAAUUGUAUCCAAAGAGGAUUUCCGAAAACAGUCAAAGACAAUGCAAGGAUCGCGAGAUUUCGGGGCCCAGCUGUUCUGUGCAUUACUGCGUUCUGUGGCGGUAGAGACGCGGCUAGUUUGCUCUUUACAGGCCAUCCCUUUCACUGGAACUGUGAAAGGCUUCAAUCCAGUCGAGACAAGUCCAAAGUAUAUUGUGAUAUCCUCGGAUGAUCAUGAUGGUUCAAGCGAUGAUAAGUCGCGUUCACAAACGCCAGCAACCAGCACUCCACCACCGAGAAUUCGCAGGAUAGGCCAACCUCAGUUCACCCCUUCUGUUCGCCGCCCUGUGCAUACAGUCCAGCGGACAACCACCCUACGACGUUCCGAAGAGUCCCCGUAUCCAGUCUUCUGGGUGGAAGCAUUCAACGAGGCUGUUCAAAAAUGGAUACCCGUUGAUCCCAUCGUCACAAAGACGGUUGCUAAGCCUACCAAAUUUGAACCUCCAGCCAGCGAUCGUUACAAUGCCAUGAGUUACGUCGUAGCGUUUGAGGAUGAUGCAUCUGCUAGGGACGUGACUAGGCGGUACACAAAAUCAUAUAACGCAAAAACUUUACGAAACCGUGUUGAAAGCACCAAAGGAGGAGAGAAAUGGUGGCAGAAGACAAUGUCCUUUUUCGAGAAGCCGUUUAUGGACGACCGAGACCAGGCUGAGACUGGAGAAUUGACGGCGAAGACUGCGGCGGAGCCGAUGCCCCGGAAUGUGCAGGACUUUAAAGACCACCCGGUGUACGCACUGGAGAGACAUUUACGUCGAAAUGAAGUCAUCUUCCCCAAGCGUGUCAUUGGACAGGUGGCUGUUGGUAAAUCUGGAUCUAAGAACCAGGUUUUGGAGCCUGUUUAUCGCCGUGGUGAUGUUCAUACUGUCAGGAGUGCUGACGGCUGGUACCGUCUUGGAAGAGAUAUUAAAAUCGGAGAACAACCUCUGAAACGUGUUCCAGCGAACAGAAACAAAGUCCUGGAAACAAAUGAUGAUGAAGACGAUCUCGAAGAAGCUGCUGAGACCCCACUCUAUGCUGAAUUUCAGACCGAGCUCUAUACCCCUCCACCAGUGAUCAAAGGGAAAGUACCCAGGAAUGCAUACGGAAACAUAGAUGUUUAUGUUCCAAGUAUGGUCCCGCCUGGCGGGUUCCAUUUGAAACAUCCAGAAGCUGCUCGCGCUGCCAGGAUAUUGGGCAUCGACUACGCUGAUGCUGUGACAGGUUUCCAGUUCAAAGGGCGACAUGGAACAGCUGUCAUUCAGGGCAUAGUGGCUGCUAAUCAGUACCGCGAGGCCCUCGAAGAAGUCUUGCGGUGCCUUGAGGAUGACCGUCUUCAAGAAGAGAUUGAGAGAAAGACCGCUGAGGCUCUCCGACUUUGGAAACACUUCCUGGUCAAGCUCAGGAUUGCCGAGAGAGUGAAGAACUAUGCAGUUGAGGGCGAAGACGUCAAUAAAGUUGAUUCUCCUCUAGACGAUAAUAAAGAAGAAGAAGAGGAACUUGGCGGUGGCUUCUUUCCCGAAGAUGGUCAGGAAAUAGCAGAACCUACUGCGGGCACUGGAUCCUUCUCUGGAUUCCCCAGAGAAAUCGAAAAUCCAGAACAACUUGCCUCUUAUAGUGGGGAUGACGGUGAUGGUGAUAGUGGAGGUUUCAUUCCCGAAAGUGGCGGGGAGGAACUCAAAGACGCAGAAUCCGUACUACCUGAACAGAGCAACGACCCCGGGGCAGAUGCUAAGGCGCUAGGUACAUCGACAAAGCCUCAUUCGCGCUACACUCUCGUUGUUGUCCCUAACGAUGGGACGAAAAAGGAGGCAAACGCGGCUGUGGACUUGACUGCUAGGAGGCCGUCUGAUACCGCAGCUCGCCGCUUCCAGCUUGGCACAGCAGAAAGCAACGAAAGGGGUAUUCAGCUAAAACAUGAAAUCGCUGUUUUAAAUUGCGUACAGGGUUCCUCAGAGACACCGAUCACCGUGGAUUCCUCCAGCGAACCUAAUUCCAAGGCUGCUAGCGUGCAAGUCGUUUCAGCACCAGAGUCAGAGAAUCAAUCUCAUGCAGAGGCUCCCGAAACCGAGAAGACUCCUCAAUCGGAUGAUAGCGUCUCGGAGGUUUCCUUACUAUCCCACGACCCUGAAGAUGAGGAUGCAGAGCCAGAGUGGUUGCUUUCUGAUUAGGCGACUUCUCUGCACGACCAAACCCAGUUCAUUUUGCUCUUAUUCUUGCACGUCUUUUGGUUGGCGCAGGAACCCCAUGUUAGAGACAUGUUUUGAGCAGAUAUGGUCUAAAUCCAUCAAUCACGGAUACCUU